GCCAAGCAGGAGGCAGCACGGCCGCGUCAUGGGCAAGAGGGACCGGGCGGACCGCGACAGGAAGAAGUCCAAGAAGCGGCACCACGAGGAUGAGGAAGAGGAGGAGGACGACGCCCCUGGCAACGAGCCUCCGGAGGCGGUGCCUUCGGCCGCCGGGAAGCAGGUGGACGAGUCCAGCACCAAGCUGGACGAGUAUGGAGCCAAGGACUACAGGCUGCAGAUGCCGCUGAAGGGAGAUCACGUCUCCCGGCCGCUCUGGGUGGCUCCUGAUGGACACAUUUUCUUAGAAGCCUUCUCUCCAGUUUACAAAUAUGCGCAAGACUUCCUGGUGGCUAUUGCAGAGCCAGUGUGCCGACCAACCCAUGUGCACGAAUACAAACUGACUGCCUACUCCCUGUAUGCAGCUGUCAGUGUUGGGCUGCAAACCAGUGACAUCACCGAAUACCUCAGCAAGCUCAGCAAGACAGGAGUCCCUGAUGGAAUCCUUCAGUUUAUCAAGCUGUGUACUGUCAGUUAUGGGAAAGUCAAGCUGGUCCUGAAGCACAACAGGUACUUCGUUGAGAGCUCCCACCCUGAUGUGAUUCAGCAUCUUCUCCAGGAUCCAGUGAUUCGGGAGUGCCGCCUGCGGAGCUCUGAGGGGGAGGCGAUGGAGCUCCUCACGGAGACCUUCACCAGCAAAUCUGCUAUCGCAAAGACUGCUGAAGGCAGUGGCGGGCCCUCCACUUCUCGGGGGACAGAUCCGCAGGGCAAAGCUGACAUCCCCACAGACCUGAUUGACUUCUAUGAGCAGAUGGACAAGGAUGAGGAGGAAGAAGAAGAGACACAGACUGUAUCUUUUGAAGUCAAGCAGGAGAUGAUCGAGGAGCUUCAGAAACGUUGCAUCCACCUGGAGUACCCUCUGUUGGCAGAGUAUGACUUCCGGAACGAUUCCGUGAAUCCCAAUAUCAACAUCGACCUGAAGCCCACCGCCGUCCUCAGGCCUUACCAGGAGAAGAGCCUGCGGAAGAUGUUCGGGAACGGGCGCGCGCGCUCUGGGGUCAUAGUGCUUCCUUGUGGUGCUGGGAAGUCCCUGGUUGGCGUGACAGCUGCGUGCACGGUCAGAAAGCGCUGUCUGGUGCUGGGCAACUCGGCCGUGUCUGUGGAGCAGUGGAAAGCGCAGUUCAAGAUGUGGUCCACCAUCGAUGACAGCCAGAUCUGCCGCUUCACCUCUGAUGCCAAGGACAAGCCCAUAGGUUGCUCCGUGGCCAUCAGCACCUACUCUAUGCUGGGCCACACCACCAAAAGGUCGUGGGAGGCUGAACGUGUGAUGGAGUGGCUCAAAACUCAGGAGUGGGGCCUCAUGAUCCUGGAUGAGGUGCACACCAUACCCGCCAGGAUGUUCCGACGGGUGCUCACCAUCGUGCAGGCCCACUGCAAGCUGGGGCUGACCGCCACCCUCGUCCGGGAAGACGACAAAAUUGUCGACUUGAAUUUUCUGAUCGGGCCCAAGCUCUAUGAAGCCAACUGGAUGGAGCUGCAGAACAAUGGCUACAUCGCCAAAGUCCAGUGUGCUGAGGUUUGGUGCCCGAUGUCCCCUGAGUUUUACAGGGAGUAUGUGGCCAUCAGAACCAAGAAGCGGAUCUUGCUGUACACCAUGAACCCCAACAAAUUCAGAGCUUGCCAGUUUCUCAUCAAGUUUCACGAGAGGAGGAAUGACAAAAUCAUUGUCUUUGCUGACAAUGUGUUUGCCCUGAAGGAAUAUGCCGUUCGGCUGAACAAACCCUACAUCUAUGGCCCGACAUCCCAAGGAGAAAGAAUGCAGAUUCUGCAGAAUUUCAAGCACAACCCCAAAAUCAACACCAUCUUCAUCUCCAAGGUGGGUGACACAUCGUUUGAUCUGCCAGAAGCAAAUGUUCUCAUUCAGAUCUCAUCUCAUGGUGGCUCCCGGCGGCAGGAGGCCCAGAGACUGGGGCGCGUGCUCCGGGCCAAGAAAGGCAUGGCUGCAGAGGAGUACAACGCCUUCUUCUACUCGCUCGUCUCCCAGGACACGCAGGAAAUGGCGUAUUCCACCAAGCGGCAGAGGUUCCUGGUAGAUCAGGGUUAUAGCUUCAAGGUGAUCACGAAGCUGGCUGGGAUGGAGGAGGAGGACCUGGCCUUUUCCACGAAGGAAGACCAGCAGCAGCUCUUACAGAAAGUCCUGGCAGCCACUGACCUGGACGCCGAGGAGGAGGUGGUGACAGGAGAAUUUGGCUCCAGAUCCAGCCAGGUGUCGCGGCGCCUGGGCACCAUGAGCUCCAUGUCAGGGGCGGACGACACGGUGUACAUGGAGUACCACUCGGCGCGGAGCAGGGCGGCCGCCAAGCACGUGCACCCGCUCUUCAAGCGCUUCCGGAAGUGAGGGUCGGCCGGGAGCGCGCCCUCCCACGUGGGCCGGGGGCUGUAGCCCUGUGGGGAGCUUGGUUCUGCCCUCGUGGGUUCAUUCAGGCCUUAGAACAGUAGGGUGACUCUGUCUUUUUGGUCUUUUCAGACCACUCUUUAAACUUGUUGGGGAGCGGUUGCACCUGUUUGUAAAAACCUGUAAUAUUUAAGGUGUGUUUCUCUCACUGUUCUCUUGAAUAAACAA